GAGAGAGAGCGAGGGAGAAGGAGGGGGGUUAGAUGCAAACACUGGAGGAUUCUCUCGUCUUAACGUCCACAGAGGCCGCUCUGUAUGCCGACAUAGUCACGUUAAGGGCCUUUUAGAGUCGCCUCGGCAGUAAUGGUAUUCCUCAGAGCUUCGACGGUCGCCGUGUGGGGUCUUUGUUUUUAGCAGCACCCACUGCAGAGUGAAGGAGGAGCGGAGGAGCUGAAGCUUGCUGAAGCCUGUCCUCUUCAUAUGAGCCUUCGUCCCUGCAGCAUCUACACCAGCCAGCCCACCGGCUGUUCGACCAGCGAUCAGUAGAUCAACAGACAAGAUGAAGAGUCAGAGUCAGAUCCUCCCUCCUCUACACCACUGAAGCCUGAGUGAGCGAGGUGAGAUCAGGGGGGCAGUUCAUGAAGCAGGAUUUUCUCAGUAAGCUGGAUCACUUCUCCCUAGUGUGGAUUGUCAAGUGGUGGACCAUGCUCUGUCCAGAACGUGGUGUGGUGGAGGAGUGGCUCUCAGAAUUCAAGACGUUACCUGAUGAUCUGAUCCCUGGCUAUACAUGCCGCUUGCGUCUGAAGAAAGGCUUGGUGCCCGCUCUGUAUGCCGUUAUUCAGGAGCACCCCAGCAGUGAGCUCUUGGCCCCGGUGUGUCACCAGCUGUUUGAGCUGUACCGGAGCACAGAGGUGGGCCUGCGCCGCUUCACCCUGCAGUUCCUGCCUGAGCUUAUCUGGGUGUACCUGCGCCACAUUGCCAGCAGGGAGCGCCAUCGCAGUGGCUGUGUAGAGGCCUUGCUGCUGGGCAUCUAUAACCUGGAGAUUGUGGACAGUAAGGGAAACAGCAAGCUUUUGUCGUUCACUAUACCCUCUCUCUCAAAGCCUUCCAUAUACCAUGAGCCCUCCAGUUUAGGAUCCAUGGCACUGACAGAGGGAGCUCUAAGCCAGCAUGACCUGAUCAGAGUGGUGUACUGCGGCCUGCUGCCCCAGAGAGAAACCUUCACCUCCCAGAACAGGUUUGAGGUGCUGUCGUUCCUCAUGCUUUGCUACAACUCUGCUGUGGUCUACAUGCCUGCAUCCUCCCACCAAUCAGCCUGCAGAAUGAGCUCACGAUUGUGUGUGUGCGGUUACCCACGGCAACAGCAGAAGUUAUGGAGGGAGCCCUGCAACCGUGUGCGUCUGGACCCGGAGUUCAUGGUGCAAAUGCUGACGGCAGUUUAUCAUGCAAUCUACAAUGGCCAGUGGGAACUCGGCAGAGAAGCUUUGGAGGACAUCUUGUAUAGAGCACAGCUAGAACUUUAUGCCCAGCCAUUACUGGUAGCGAAUGCUAUGAAUAGAUCUUUGCCACCUCGACCACCGGAGGGCACUAGGAAUCUUCUGGAGGUAGACGUGACCCCCACAACCAAACGUGUGUCUCAGACAGCCAUCACUGCUGCUUCCAUCCGCAGACUUCGCUGGAAACGAGAGGACGCUGAUGGUGUGAGUUGUGGAGAGGACUCCUUUGACCCUGACGAGGGCUUCUCCUCAGGGGCGUCCAGCAGCAGCCAGCCCAGCAGUGUUAAACGAGACUGGGCUGCUGGAGCUCGAGGGUCCCGGGACCCUACAGCACGGCACAGAGAGAACACAGCGGCCGACACACGAGCGGCCCUGCGCAGACUUCAUCAGCGUCACCAAUCCCCCCCACCCUCCAUCACCCUCCACACUGCGGAGAGCAGCCGCAGCCCCAGCCCCAGCACAACAAGGAGGUUCCUGGACCCCCAUUACAUUCCCCCCUUUGCCGGCCCUCCGCCCAGAACUGGUAGCACGUCCUCCAGUAAGUCUCUAGACUGCACUGGCCUCAACGGCUCUUCAGGGCCCACUGAUAGUUUGUCGCUUGGCAGCCUCAGUGCAGAUAGAGCCCACUGUUUGUCUGCUAUUAGCCUGCAGGAAGAGCAGCUUGUGCGCGCAGCGAGGAGCCAGGACCUCCUCUCACCAGGAAGCCCCUUUUCUUCUGGAAGCCCUCUGUCCAAACAGUCCCGCUCAUCCAGUUUUAAUAUGCAGAUAAUAUCACAGGUGUAGUUAGUUUUGCAGGGUGUAGCUGUGUGUGUGUGUGUGUGUGUGUGUGUGUGUGGUACAUAGAGCUUAAUCUGGCCUGAAAUACAGUCUAAGAAUUUUCCGAGCCCAAAGCACAUGAGGUUUCGAGACCCAACUCAACCUGAGUACAAUAAAAUUCUGUUCAAACUUGAUCCAAACCAUAUCAAGUUUUAGACAGAAACAGACCAGAGUACAACAAAAUCUGUUACAAACUGGACUGCACCAGCCUAUCCACACCUAAAGUGCCGAGUAAAACCUGACCUUAUGUCUUGGAUAAAAAAAAUAGAUAUAAAUUAAAGAUAUAAAUUUAUUAUAUAAAUAAAUCAACUGUCCAAAAAAGAAGUUUCAAUCCCAUUUUAAAAAUAUAUGAAAAAGUGCUUUGAAACAACAUCCCUAGGUUUUUUUUCCUCCAUUUUCUCCCAGUUAUGAGCCUCAUGGAUCUUGGUGCUAAAUUCAUGAGUGGGUGACUCCAGCAUGUCAUGUUAACAUUGGUUUAAGGUUAUAAAAGUGGGGAGGAAGUAAGGAGGCAAACUAAAGAGGGGGAAAUACAGAGUAAAAUCUGUUUAAAGUUGGAAGCUGUGAGAGCCCAAACCUGAAAUUUGACGUUUAUGAUAUGACGUCUGAAUCUGACGGAACCUGACGUGCAGUUUGGUCCCAUCAGGUUUGGACAAGUAUUUCAAGCUCUAGUGUGUGAGUGUGUUUGUGUGUGAAUGUGUUGUAGGAACAUUGCUGAAGACUGAAGUGUAACAUGCAUGAUGAGCAUGUCUUUCCGUGCGUGUGUUAAUGUGUGUAAAACAUGUUUCACAGUGUGCGUCUGAAAGAGGGUGUGUAUGCGUGUGGGUGUGCAUGUUUGUGUACAUAUAUGUGAAUAAUUUACACUGACUUCAUUAUGCACUGGCGGUUUGCGUGGAGGAAAAUAAGUGUUUUGCACAGUACUUCCCCUUGUGGACAUGUUGAGAAGUGCACAUGGUUUCAGACUGUUUUUAAUGUGCCAACAUAGCUAUAUCAAGAGGAGUAACAACUCACCAAUUCUGCUGUAUCCGAACAAUGGACUCGAGAACUGACAAUCAUGUGAAUCAAAUGCUGAGUGGCCUGACAAUGCAUGAUCCAAAGACUUCUAUCUGUGAGACUGCAGGAGGUAUUAAAGAAGCUUCUUCCAUUUCACUGUCGUAAAACGGUACCGACUGAGCCUGCUCGUGUCACCUGUGCUCCUGAUCCAUCCAGAUAAACUGAAAUGUGCACAGCCUCGAAGAACCCACGGAAAAGCUCUAGUAAAUUGUGCAAUGAAAUAUAUAUAUGUUGUACUUUGGAACAGGUUUAUAUCCAACCCGUGUACAUUUAUGUAAAUGAAUAUUGUAAGAUAGAAAGAGUAUAUGCUGUCAGAAUCUCUCUAUAUUGCUUGUACAGAGAUGAAAAUCUAUCUGGUAAAUGGUGAAUAAAUAUAUUGUGAUGUUCACUGAAA